UUGCGUCGCUGGGAGCCCGGAGCCCGGGCUGCAGCCGGGAGAGGGGAAUCUCCAGCAGGGCCCUUCCCGCUGCUCCCCAGGAGCCUCUCCCAGGGCAGAGCCCCCAGCCCGGCCAGGCCCCUUCCCGGCCCGGCCCCUGCCCCAGGGGGCCCCGCUCGGAGGGAAGGCUGAAGAAUCACAUCCACAUUUUGUUCCAGAUAGGCCCGUCUUCCAGGAGACAGGGAAGGGAAAUGUCUGUGAUGGAGCCAGCUCAGAUGCCGGUGACCUUCGAGGAAGUGGCUGUGUAUUUCACCCAGAGGCAGGGGGCUCUGCUGGACCCCGCUCAGAGAGCCUUCUACAGGGAUGUCAUGCAGGAGAACUAUGAGAUGGUGACCUCGUUGGGAUUCCCCCUUCCCAAACCUGAGCUGAUCACCCAGCUGGAACGAGGGGAAGAGCCAUGGGUGCCCGAUCUCCAACCCUGCAAAGAAAGGCUUCCAAGAUGCACCCUUACAGCAGGUGCUGAGCGAGGGAGUGAGAAUGAGGAGGGGAAUCAUCAUGAGGAAGUUCCCGGGGAAGUGGAACCACAGGGGACCAUCAUGGGAAGAGCUGAAGGGAAUUUCUCCCAGUGCUUGGAGCAGGCAGAAACCUGUGGAAGUUCACACACAUCAGACAGGCUUCUGGGAAACCACCGAGGGAAGAAAGUGGAUGAAUCUAUUAAUGGUGAGGGAAGAGAGGAGUAUCCCAGAGCACGGCAGACAAAUCCCAAGGAAGAGACACUCUGGCACUACCCACAAUGUGGGAAAGGAUUCAAUAUGAGCUCACAGCUUGUGACACAUCAGACAAUCUGUACUGGAGAGAAACCCCUUCAAUGCUUGGAUGAAGGGGAAAGCUUCAAUAAGCUUUCAGAUCUUAAUAACCAUGGGAGCAGCCACACUGGAGAGGGAACCUGUCAAUCCCUCGAGUGUGGGAAAUGUUUCAUUUCGAAGACACAAAUAAUUAGACAUCAGUUAAGCCACACAACGGAGAGACCCCAUAGGUGCUUGGACUGUGGGAAAAGUUUCAUACAAAGGUCACACCUUGUUCAACAUCAGGCAUUCCACACAGGAGAGAGACCCCACAAGUGCUUGGACUGUGGAAAAAGUUUCAUACAAAGGUCAGACCUUGUUAGACAUCAGGCCAUCCACACAGGAAAGAAACCCCACGAGUGCUUGGACUGUGGGAAAAGUUUCACAGACAGGUCAACCCUUGUUAAACAUCAGGCAAUCCACACAGGAGAGAGACUCCACAAGUGCUUUGACUGUGGGAAAAGUUUCAUAAGAAGGUCAGAUCUUGUUAGACAUGAGGCAAUCCACAUAGGAAAGAAACCCCACGAGUGCUUGGACUGUGGGAAAUGUUUCACGGACAGGUCAGACCUUGUUAAACAUCAGACAAUCCACACAGGAGAAAGACCCCACAAGUUGUUGUACUCUGGGAAAAGGUUCAUACAGAGGUCACACCUAGUUAGUCAUCAGGCAAUCCACCCAGGAGAGAGACACCACAAGUGCUUGGACUGUGUGAAAAGUUUCAUAACAAAGUCAAACCUUGUUAAACAUCAAGCAAUCCACACAGGAGAGAGACCCCACAAGUGCUUGGACUGUGGGAAAAGUUUCAUACAGAAGUCACACCUAGUUCGUCAUCAGGCAAUCCACACAGGAGAGAGACCCCACAUGUGCUUGGACUGUGGGAAAAGUUUCAUAAGAAGGUCACACCUUGUUAAACAUCAGGCAAUCCACACUGGAGAGAGACCCCACAAGUGCUUGGACUGUGGGAAAAGUUUCAUACAGAGGUCACACCUUGUUAAACAUCAGGCAAUCCACACAGGAGAGAGACCCCACAAGUGCUUGGACUGUGGGAAAAAUUUCAUACAGAGGUCACACCUAGUUCGUCAUCAGGCAAUCCACACAGGAGAGAGACCCCACAAGUGCUUAGACUGUGGGAAAAGUUUCAUAAGAAGAUCACACCUUGUUCAACAUCAGGCAAUCCACACAGGAGAGACUCCAGAGGUGCUUGGACUGCUGGAAAAGUUUCAUAUGGAGGUCUGACCUCAUUAAACAUGGAACAAUC